GCUUUAACGGUGUUGCGGGGUUGGCGGAGCCGGAAGCGCGGGGGGCCUGGAGGAGCCAUGGGGGUGAAGUUGGAGAUCCUGAGGAUGUGUCUGUACCUGUCCUUCCCCGUGGCCGUGUUCUGGGUCUCCAACCAGGCCGAGCUCUUCCAGCGUCACGUGAUCGACCGCAAGAGGGAGAUUUUCCCGCCGGACACUCCGGAACGGCGCCAGGCCAUGGCUGAGCUGAAGCAGCGGCUGCGGGAGAGGAAGGGGACCCAGGCGUGAGGGGACAGCGGGGACACCGUGGGACACACGGCCACCCAGGGGACACAGCCACCAAGGGACACCGGCGUGAGGGGACAGCGGGGACACGGCCACCGUGGGACACAGCAGGGACAGCAGGGACACACAGCCACCUGUGGGACACGGUGGUGACAGCGGGGACACGGUGACAGCAGGGACACAGCAGUGACAGAGGGGACACGGUGGGGACACACAGCCACCCGUGGAACAUGGCAGGGUCACAGCACUGGCAGAGGGGACACGGUGGUGACAGAGGGGACACUCCACUGGCUCAAUGUGGCCACGCUGUGACAGUGGCACCGUGGCCCUGGUGGUGACACGGGGCACAUCUGGCACUGCCCUGUCACCGUGGGCACGCCAGGACACCAGUGCCACCCCCGCGCUGGUGACAGAGGGGACAGUGACAGCCCCCAAUGGCAUCGCUGUGACAGCGCUGGUGACAGAGGGGACACCUGGCAGCGUCCUGGUGCCAUCGCUCUGUGGCAUUGGUGACCAAGGGGACACGUGGCAGCCCUGUGUCACUGUGGGCACGACCUGGUCUGUCACCAUGGCUGUGUUGGUGACAGAGGGGACAGUGACAGCAGCUGAUGGCAUCGCUGUGACGUUGUUGGUGACAGGGGACAGUGACAGCAGCCAGUGUUCCUGUGGUGUUGGUGACAGAAGGGACAGCGGUGAGUGUCACACACUGUGACCGUGUUGGUGACAGGGGACAGUGGCAGCACCCGAUGGCAUCACUGUGACCAUGCUGGUGACACAGGGGACAACAGCCGGUGUCACUCGCUGUGACUGUUGGUGACAAAGGGGACGUGUGAUGACAGCUGAUGGCAUCGAUGGCAUCACUGUGACAGCGUUGGUGACAGAGGGGACAGUGACAGCAGCCGGUGUCACUCGCUGUGACAGCAUUGGUGACAGAGGGGACAGUGACAGCAGCCGGUGUCACUCGCUGUGACAGCGUUGGUGACAGAGGGGACAGUGACAGCAGCCGGUGUCACACGCUGUGACAGCAUUGGUGACAGAGGGGACAGUGACAGCAGCCGGUGUCGCGCUGUGACGACGUUGCCGACAGGAGGGACAAUGACAAUGACUGAUGUCACUUGCUGUGGCCGUGUCACUGACAGUGGCAGCACUCGCUGUCACUCGCUGUCACCGCUGAGGCCACCCGUGGCCAGGGCUGUGCCCGUGGCGGUGGCACAGGGGACAUGUGCCCUCGCCUGAUGCCACCAUGGCCACGUGGCCCCCCCCCGUGUCCUGUGCUGCUGGGGACACGUGUGACGCGUGUGUGACGCGUGUGUGACGCCUCAGGGACAUGUUUUGGGACACGUGCCACCCCUGGCUGUCCCCACCCCAAUAAACGGCGCUGGCACUGCCCGCAGGGUGUCCCCAGGGUGUCCCCAGGGUGGCACUGCCAUCUCUUAGUGCCACCUGUGCCCCUUGGUGUCCCCUGGUGCCACCCCCACGGGCGUCCUGUGUCACUUAAUGUCA